AUGUCAAUAGCAAAUCAUUUGCCAAUAGCAAAUGGCAAAACAUCACGACAAUCAGAAGUGUUCCCAAACAUCGUCAAAUGUCCCCUGGAAGCAAAACUACCCUUGGUUGAGAAUUACUGCCCGGGCUCCUUGAGAUCAACAAAGGCGCUGCUGAUUUCUUUGUUCUCAGCAGCAGUCCUCUCUCUGGGCAGAGGCACUAUUUUCAGCUUCUUGUCCUUCUCUGGAAUCUUGACACUUCCUUACCCUAAUUGGUUCAACACUUCUGUUGCCUUUGAAGAUUUAUUACCAUUAAUAAAUUAG